AUGGCUGAGCAACGAUCUGCCAUUCACAUUCCUCCGGUCCCACCGGUCCUGGACAGCGUCCGCCUCCGCGAUAUCCAACUUCCUCUCCCUGCAGCCCCAGACGCAUGGCAUCGCCUGGACAAAGCUCAACCUUGCACCGCUACCCUGAAGCUUUCUUACUCCUCCGCUAUUGCCGCUGCCGCUGCCGAUGAUGUAUCCCUCUCCCUCGACUACGGCAAGCUUUUCCGCCGCUUGGAGUCAGAUAUCCGCGACAUGGCGCAUCACACCUCAUCGCCCGAACACCCGCACAAGCGCAUGGUCAGCGUAGAGGGUACGCAGCGAGAGGAAAUGAAGGUCAGCGCCGUGGGCCAGGAUCCCCGCGUGACAGCCGGAAUUGUCGCGAAUUGUGGACUAGGCCUGCUGGACGAAACGGCCGCGGGUGUGCGGAGAAUGGCGCAUGUCCACCAGAGCCCGCGGCAUAGCUUCUCGGGAAUCCCGCAGACCCCGGCGCCGGCUUCUUGGCCGAUUGAGAAUACCUAUGGGAAGUGCGAGGUGACCCUGCAUUUGCCCAAGGCUCUGCUGCGUGCUGAGGAAGGAUUCAAGUAUCGUAGUGUGACCGUUUGGGGGUACACUCAGAUUCCUGAUGCCUCGCAGGCUGGUCAGUCGACGGGUAGGUAUCCUGUCGUGUUGGAGGAGGAGUUUUCCCUUGAUGGAAUCCGAUGCUAUCCUAUUCUGGGCGUCAAUUCCCAUGAACGUGUUGAGAGGCAGGCUGUUAUUAUUUACUUGGAAUUUAAGGGCCCCGGACAGCUGGCUUGGGGAUCGACAGUUGUUGAUACCUACCAGGCUAUGACGAGGGCCGUCGCAGAGAAGGUGGACCAGACCUCAUUCCAAACCGUUGAGGCGCUGGCAACUUUCAUUGCACGCAUUGUGACCGUGGACUUUGGUAAUGAGAGAGUCACUGUACGAGUUGAGAAGCCUAGUGCCAUGGCAUUUGUUGAGAGAUCUGGAAUUGAGAUCACGCGGUCACAAGCAUUCUUUGAGAGCCACGAGGUGGCACGGCGGUGA